UUUUCUUUUUUAAAGCACUGCACUAGUUUAAUUGACAAUUGCAGAGUCAUGCAAUACGGUACAUAAAUAAAAUUUACAUCCUUUUUUUCACACAAAUGGAGCUUUCUUUCAGUGGUAUUUUAUCACCUGUAUGUUUUUUAUUUUGGUGCUAUAAACAAAAAAAAAUGAUAUUUUCUAAUUUCUGUCAUAAAAAAUAUCCAAAAAUUUUGUCAUAAAUUUAGGCCAAAAUGUAUUCUUCUACACAUAUAGUAAAAAAAAUAA